AUGGGAAAUUCAUUACCUUAAACUACAUAUGCAUCAUUCAGAACUGAUAAGCCAGGAGACGCUUCUCAUUCUCCAGAGCUAAUAUGUCAAUAGUACAUCGAGCAUCCUGAUGAAUUAACUCCAGCGAAAUGGAAUGGCUGUACAACCAUUCUUGAGUUAUAUGAAGCAACUAUGAGAAGGCAUUCACAACUCAGAUUCCUUGGUACAAGGAACAAUGAUAAAGAUGGAAGACCUUAUGAAUGGAAAACAUUCCAGUAGAUCUAUGAUAUAAAGGAAAACUUUGCCAGAGGUAUGUAAAAUUUAAUUGGAAUAAAAUGUCUAGGAAUGCUCUCAAUGGGUUUGUGUCCUGUUAUUUAAGCUGAGGGUCAAAAUUUCAGAUUUAUGGGUAUAUUUGCUAAGAAUAGAGAAGAGUGGGCAGUUGUAGAUCUUGCCUGCAUGAGAUCUUCUGUCACAAUUGUACCGUUCUUUGAUAGUUUAGGAGUUGAGGCAUUGUCCUUCGUUAUUAAUCAGACAGAACUUAUAUCUAUGUGUGUUGAUAAGUCUGGCUUUGAAAAUCUAAUAAAAUGUGCUCCUAAAUGUGCGACACUUAAGAAUAUUAUCAUCUUUGAAAAAAAGACUGAAGAAUAAAGCAAGAAAGCACAGCAGGCUGGACUAGUCUUACACAGCUAUGAGGAUGUGAUUGAAAAAGGAAAGAGCGUCACAGGAUUUGAAUUUGAGACUCCAAAACCAGAAACUAUCUAUAUGUUUUGCUACACUUCAGGAACCACAGGUGAUCCUAAAGGAGCAAAGAUGUCUCAUAAAGGAUUCGUUGGAACUUAAAAUCUAGUUGACUACAUUGGUUUGAAUUUGAGAGAGACCGAUACAGCAAUUUCUUAUUUACCUUACGCCCACAUUUUCGAGUAAUGUUCCUUCGUUUUCUCUCUUGCUAGAGGUUACUCUCAUGGUUAUUAUUCUGGUGAUCCCUUAAAGUUAGUUGAGGAUAUCUAAACUUUAAAACCUACCUUCUUUUCGACUGUUCCACGUAUCCUGAACAGAGUGCAUGGUAAAAUUAUGGAAGGUGUUUCAACUAAGACAAAAUUCUAGCAAAAAAUGUUUCACAAGGCUGUAAAAACAAAGACUGAAAAUCUUGUCAGAAAAGGUACCUUCAAGCACUGCUUAUACGACAACAAGGUCUUUAAAAACAUUAGAAACCUGUUUGGAGGGAAUAUGAGAGCUAUUAUCACUGCCUCUGCCCCAAUUAGUGGAGAGGUAUUGACUUUCUUCAAAGUUGCCAUGGGUAUCCAUAUCUAUGAGGUUUACGGUUAAACUGAGACGAAUGGUCCAUUGACUGUUACUUUGCCAACUGAUCCCACAGCUGGUCAUGUCGGUGGUCUCAUUCCAACUUGCAAGAUUAGACUUAGGAAUGUACCUGAAAUGGGAUAUUUGUACACUGAUAAUCCUCCUAGAGGAGAAAUUCAAACAAAAGGAACUCAUAUUUUCAAUGGGUAUUUUAAGAAUCCAGAGAAGACUAAAGAGGCAAUUGAUGAAGAUGGAUGGUUGAGUACAGGCGAUGUUGCCAUUGUUUUUCCAAAUGGAGCCAUUAAGAUUAUUGAUAGAGCAAAGAAUAUCUUCAAGCUCUGUCAAGGCGAGUAUAUAGCUCCAGAAAAACUUGAGAAUGCUUACAUUUAAUGUCCAUUAAUAUAAUUCAUUUUUGUAUAUGGAGACUCACUCUAAGCCUAUCUAUUAGCUGUAAUUGUCCCUGAACCAGAGCAAGCUAGAAAAUGGGCUAAUGAGAAUGGAAUCGAUGGUAAAGAUUUGGAAGAAUUGUAUAGAAAUGAAGAGCUAAAGAAAGCCAUUAUUGCCUAGAUGGAUGCUAAAGCUAAGGAGUGUAACUUCAGCAGUUUAGAGAAGAUCAAGAAAAUUAUCCUGACUCAAACCUUGUUUACUGUUGAUAACGACCUUAUUACUCCAACUUUCAAGAUUAAAAGAAACAAUGCUAAAAAGGCAUUCUUAGAUGAAAUAACAUUACUCUAUAAGGAUAAUUAAAUAUGA